AUGGACAAGGAGAAAGAUAGACCAGACGCCGGGUUGAGGUCCCUCGAUCACUACAAGAUCAGACUCCCACGAUGGCGAUAUCUCCUUCGAGAACAGCUUCUGCCCAUCGUGCGCUGGGAAACGCCAUACGUCGCCUGGCUGCAGGACACCCUUCGCACACCUGCACUUGAUACCUAUUUCGCGAUGACGGCAAACCUGGGCACCCAUACGUUCUUCAUGAUCAUGCUGCCAAUACUGUUCUGGUGCGGCCAUACCAGUGUAGGAAGAGGGAUGGUACAUAUUCUCGCUUCUGGUGUCUUCUUCAGUGGAUUCAUCAAAGACUUGCUAUGUCUCCCGCGACCGCUUUCGCCGCCGUUGCAACGCAUCACCAUGUCGGGCUCUGCGGCCCUUGAGUACGGCUUCCCUUCCACCCAUUCCACCAAUGCGGUCUCGGUCGCCAUUUAUUCCUUCCAUCUCCUCCAGCAGCAAGACAGCCAGUUGAACCCUCACGUUAACCUUUGUCUACGAGUCCUCUGCUACUGCUACGCUUUCUCCAUUGUGGUCGGCCGCCUGUACUGUGGCAUGCACGGCUUCUUCGAUGUGAUUGUUGGGAGUGCCCUUGGGGCGAUACUGGCGGUCGCGCAAUGCCGCUGGGGCGAGCAAUUUGAUGAAUGGCUGCUGGCGGGUGAUAUACAAAGAGUCCUGUUUGUCAUUCUGAUCAUACUGGUUCUGAUCCGGAUCCAUCCCGAACCAGCCGAUGACUGCCCCUGCUUUGACGACAGUGUCUCCUUUGCCGCAGUCAUGAUCGGCUGCCAGUACGCCGUCUGGCAUUUUGCGCGAACCUCGUAUGCAUGGUCAGAACCAUCAAAGGGCACAGUGCCCUUCGACCUCGCCAGGAUGGGCUGGUCAGUCGCCGUGCUGCGGAUUCUCCUGGGAGUACUCAUCAUCUUCGCAUGGCGCGGUGUCAUGAAACCAACGCUACUCAAAAUCCUUCCGCCGAUCUUCCGUAUUAUCGAAACCCGUGGCCUGACACUACCGCGACGUUUCUUCAAACCUGCUUCGGAGUAUGGGACGAUUCCGCGGCAAGAGAACGAUGACAAUGUCAUCCCCCGAGCGCGGGACAUCCCGCAUCUGCUGUCGUCUUUCCGCCGGCGCCGGGCUGUUUCGGUUGGACCACAAUCUGAAGCUGACGCGUACGAAACCCUGGCGUAUCGGAAUAAGAAAAGACGGGAUAGUCUCAACGCCGCAGGGUCACCCAGUCCCGCGAAUGAGCACUCUCCAGAGCCGAGCUAUUUUGAACCUGAUGUGCCAGAAGAGACAUACAUUUCAAAUCGGACUCGAAAGAGGUCGAGCAGUCUGGAAAUGUUUCGAGCGCAGAUGGGAGAAGGCGUGGAGGGCUUAUCUCCUGCAGUGGUCAACUCUCCUCCAGGUGGGCAUACGCCCACUCGACAAGAAGUUCAAGAGAUGGAUGAAUUACAAGAGAAGAGGAUAUUCUCAAAUAUCCAGACGCCCAGAGUGCGGUAUGAUGUGGAAGUGGUAACGAAGCUGAUUGUCUAUUCGGGCAUUGCAUGGCUGGCUAUCGAGGGCAACCCGAUUGUGUUUCAAUACGCGGGGUUGGGGGUGGAUUGA